CAAAGACCAAGAUCAAAAGCAAAAGCAAAAGCAAAAGCGUGGAAUUGAAUUGUAGGGUUUGGUUUGGGAAGCGUUGCAAUAGCAAAAGCAAUAGCAAUGGCGAUGAGGAGGUUCUUCAACGAGAUAAAGGGGAAGAAGGUGAGCGAGGUUCCUGAGCACGUGAAGCCGAUGCUGUCAUUUAAUUACAUCAAGAGAUCCGUUCAGAGAGCGUUGGACAAUUACCACGCCAAGUACAUCGAAACCGAUUCUCCUGAACCUCUCUUCCAUGUUUGCUACGGUGGCAUGAUCUUCUCCUACCUUGUCGCUCUCCCUAACGAGCGUCGCCACCUCGAACACCAGCGCCAGCACGCUGCAGGACAUCACUGAUUCUCAUCUCCUCAGGAUCCGGGUUGUUGAAUUGGAGAUGACUGGCUUCCUUUCUUUUGUUGUUUUAAAAUCUGAAAGAUCAAGGCAGAGAGAUACUGUCACAUUCAGUGUAUUUCAUCGUUUAGAUGAUAAAAUAAGUUCUAUUUGAUGCAAUACUCAAUUUUCUUGCACUUGAAUUUUAUUUGAAUGUAUGAAAGGAGAACAUACUUUUUGACUUAGUUCUAAGUUCCAACGCAUGUGAUGAAAUUAUCUUGCAACUGCUCACAUUGUUGGAUAGGUUUCAAACCUUGAACAAUCAUACUUGGACAAGAUGCUU